GCAAUCGGGUCCCGGCGCCGUCCGCUCGCGUUGCCCGCGCGGAACCAGCUCCCGGAGCUGCCCAGGCGGCGGGCGAGGGGCGAGCGGGCUUAGGCGAGCCAGAGGAGGCGCAGGCCCGGCCCGGGCGCUGCAGGUCAGUGUGAAGGUCUGUGAGGCUGUUGUUGUUCCCAGCAUUCUGCUAGGCUACAAUAAGAGGAGAAAUUUGUCCAGAUCCCUGCAGGACAGGAAAAGGAGGGGACACUCAACAUGGAAAAACUCUGCAGUGAAAAUGAAGCAAAGCCUGAGAACCAAGGCAAGAUGGAAAACAAAGAACAGCCACUGGAUGUGGGAAAGCCGGGAGUAGCUUGUACUGUGGAAGACAAGGAAAAGUUAGAAAACCAGGGAAGGACAGAUCUCAAGGGAAAGACAGAAGAUGAGGAAGUACUAAAGGAUAAGGAAAAGCCAGAGAGUGAGGCAAAGCCAAAAGAAAGAAAUCCAGAGAGUGAGGGAAAGCCAGUAAGUGAGGGAAAGCCAGUGAGCGAGGGAAAGCCAAAAGAAGAAAAGCCAGCCAGCGAACCAAGGGCUGCAGGAAAGCGCCCAGCUGGGGAUGAUGUACCCAGGAAGGCCAAAAGAAAAACCAACAAGGGGCUGGCUCAGUGUCUCAAGGAAUACAAGGAGGCCAUACACGAUAUGCAUUUGAGCAAUGAAGAGAUGAUAAGAGAAUUUGACGAGAUGGCCAGGGUGGAGGAUGAGGUGAAGAAAACCAGACAGAAAUUGGGGGGGUUUAUGUGGAUGCAAAAAAGUUUACAGGACCCCUUCCACCCGAGGGGCCCAAGGGAACUCAGGGGUGGCUGCAGGGCCCCACAAAGGGGCUUUGAAGACAUUCCUUUUGUGUAGUGCCCCUGGCAGGCAUUUGCAAGGCCUUGUGCUUUAUUUAACCUUAUGCUAAUACUAUGCUUUAGGCAUCACUCUUGUUAUCAACAACCUUUUGAUCCAACUAGAGUACUCUGUCAGUAGGGGAUUUUUACCCAUGUGCAUUACAAAGGCAUUAUGAUUCUUGGAAAAAUAAAGCAGCUUAUAAUAUCAUCUACAGAAUCGGUCCACUUUUGUAAAAGAACAGAAUUUUAUAUAGUACAUCUAUGCACAGGAAAAAUAGAAAACUUUGUUCACUAAAAGGUUAACAGUGGUUUUAUGAGUUGUGAGAUUGUGGGUGAU